CUACCGCGAUAGACCGAUACAAAAAACGCCGACUGAUAUCGAAAAUUUGUUUAUAAAAUACCUUGAGCGAAUAAAAUCCACAAAAUUAAGCAUAUUCUCAUUAUUAAGUCGUUAAAUUUGAUUCAAGUUAAACCAAUAUUAUGCCGAAGAACGGAAGUAAUGGCCACCGAAACAAUGCGCCUAGGAAGCGUCAAUUGCCAGCUGUGCAGCUGGAUGAGGAGAAUCCUAUUGUUCAACAAUUUCGCAUCUACUCCAAUGAACUGACCAUGAAACACGAUCGCCACGAGAGAAUCGUUAAGUUGAGCCGCGACAUUACUAUCGAGUCAAAACGGAUCAUAUUUCUACUACACUCCAUUGACUCGCGGAAGCAGAACAAAGAGAAGGUCCUUGAGGAGGCACGUCAGCGGCUUACAAAGCUGAUUGAGGUGAACUUUAAAGCCGUGGCCCUCGAGCUACGUGACCAGGAUGUUUAUCAGUUUCGCACUGCCUACUCGCCGGGGUUGCAGGAGUUCAUUGAGGCCUACACCUACAUGGAAUACUUGUGUUACGAGGAUGGGAAGGGCGAGUACGAAACCAAGACCGUAUCCGACUGGCAGGCCAUCCAGGCGGUAAUGCAGUACGUUGAGGAGAGCAAUAAACCCAAGGAAGAAGAAUCUGAAGGCGUAGAAAAAGAGGUUGUAGCUAUAACGGAGGGGGAGAGCCCUAAGAAGUUUCAGUUUUUCGUGGACCCAACCGAAUAUAUACUGGGACUCUCCGAUCUUACAGGAGAACUAAUGAGGCGCUGCAUCAACUCUUUAGGCAGCGGUGAUACUGACACCUGCUUGGAGACUUGCAAGACCUUGCAACAUUUUUACACUGGUUACAUUAGCCUGAAUUGCCAGAGAGCUCGGGAACUAUGGCGCAAGAUCACAACAAUGAGGCAGAGCGUCCUCAAGGCCGAGAAUGUCUGCUAUAAUGUUAAAGUGCGCGGCGGAGAGGCUGCCAAAUGGGGAGCCACCUUUGACCAAAAGCCAACCGAAGACGUGGAUGAAGGAUUCUACUAGUAAAACUCCAUAGAAAUAAGUUUACAACAAACGUACAUAUAUAUUUAACCAAUUCUUUGAUAAAUGGAACAUUAAAUCUAAAUUAACUGUGAA